UUCAACCUGGCUUCUGUUCUUUUGAGAACCUUCUUUGAAAAAUCAUUAUCUGGAGAAGAUAAAAUUAGAUAUAUUUAUUUGACAUUAACCAGCUAAUGGACAGCUCUCUUUUAUCCAUCUUGCAGAUGAGAAGCACUCUAAAAGGCAUACGUCCAUCAGCUUUACAAAAGAGCAAAAUCUUCUAUUUGUCUGGAUUCUUUUUCAGAAUAACAGAGAAGAAAACAAAGCAGGGAUGAUGGACAGCAAUUACUCCAACCCAAGUGAAUUCAUCUUCCUGGGAAUCACCAGUGAUUCAGACUACAAGUUCCACUUUUUGUCCUCUGUCAUCAUUUAUUUGGUCAUUGUUUUAGCAAAUCUUGGGAUGAUCAUCUUAAUCAGGAUAGACACCCAACUGCAUCUGCCCAUGUACUUCAUCCUUAGUUACAUGUCCUUCUGUGACCUCUGUUACCCCUCAGCCAUUGGCCCCAAGAUGCUGGUGGAUUUCUUUGCCAGAGAUAAAUCCAUUUCCUUCACUGGUUGUGCUCUGCAACUGUUUUGCUAUUCUUUCUUUGGAGAUUCUGAUUGUUUGCUAUUAGCAGUAAUGGCCUUUGAUCACUACAUGGCCAUAAGCAACGCUCUUUAUACAGUAAAUAUGUCUAGUCGGGUUUGCUAUUUAUUAACUGCUGGUGUCUACAUGGUGGGUCUUUCAGAUACUCUAAUCCAUACUACUUUAACCUUCACACUGAGUUUCUGCAGGUCCAAUGAGAUGAACCAUUUCUUCUGUGAUAUCCCUCCCCUUUUAUCACUCUCUUGUUCUGAUACCCAUAUCAAUGAGCUAAUGCUCUUUAUCAUUUUUGGCUUCAUUGAAAUGGUCACCAUUUCAGGAGUCCUCAUCUCUUCCUGUUACAUAUUUUUGUCUGUGUGGAAGAUCCACUCAACUGAAGGCAGAAGUAAAGAUUUUGCUACCUGUAGCUCUCACUUAACUGUUUUUACUAUUUUCCAGGGUACUGUCCUUUUUAUGUACUUCAGACCAAGUUCUACACAUUCACUAGACCAAGACAAAAUGACCUCCUUGUUUUAUACCCUUGUCGUUCCCAUGUUAAACCCCUUGAUCUACAGUUUAAGAAACAAAGAUGUGAAGGAGGCUCUGGGAAAGCUGAGAAACAAACUAACUUUUUAACUUAAAUGGUUUAAUCUCAUUGGCUUGGACACCCUGAAGAGAGUCUAAAAUAUAAGUGCAAUGAAAUCAUCUAAAGUAUACUGAAGUAUUUAUACCCUGUCAAGUUU